CCAUUAGAAGAAGGCAUGUCAUGUGAUCUACCAUUACAGAAAUCUUCUGGAAUAAAUAAACCGACAAGCUAGUCAACUCAAACAUCAUCAUUUGAAAAGAGGUUACGCUCAUUUAGGUUUGUUCAAAAAGUUUAGCUAUAUAUGAAGUAUAAUGUCGUCAAGCCAUGCCAAAGUCGCGGUUGGUGCAUCCAAAGACUCAAGUUUUUUGGGAGGAAGGAUACCAUCAGAAAUCGAAAUCAUGGCUAAACAGCUGAAGGAUUUAGACCAAGAAAUGUUUAGAAAAAUAUUGAAAGCGGUGGUGAGUGCUAUUGAGGGCAAGGACUGCAGAGAAGCAAUGAAGGCUAUCGCGGAAAAUGCUGCCCUCCCUGAAGAACGGUUGAGUUAUGUUGUGGCUGGAAUGUACAGACUCCUAAAAGAGGCAUUACGUAUCCCCACAUCAUCGUUAAAACAAGAGGUCUUCAAAGAAGAUCUACGGGAACUAAGGAUACCUGAGGAAUUCAUCACAGACUUUGCAAGUGUGGUGUUUGGCAAUCGACGAACAGCACUGGAGGCAGUGGCUACACAGCAGGGGCCUCGAUUACCCUCCCUGAAGGAUUUUAGAUGGAGAGUGGAUGUGGCCAUAUCAACAAGCUCCCUAGCUCGUGCCUUGCAGCCCUCCAUUUUAAUGCAGAUGAAGCUCUCAGAUGGAAAGGCCCAUCGCUUUGAGGUGCCUGUUUCCAAGUUCCAAGAACUCCGAUACAACGUUGCGCUUAUUCUUAAAGAGAUGAACGAUCUGGAGAAGAGAAGCGUUUUGAAGAUUCAAGAUUAACCGUGCAUGUCAGUAAGGUUAUUAGAAGAUGGUUUCAUCAGGCAAGGUUUUUGCUGUAAAAAGGAUUUAUAUGAUUUUGACAUGUCAUACUGUAGAUAUUAAAUAUGAUUAAUUGUA